UUGUGGAGUGGGCGUGGCGCAACUAGUGACAUACGACAAGCUUGCAUCGUCGUGACCGUCUGUCAGACCAGUUGGUGGUUUAAAAGACGUAGAUCUCUAGAGAGAAGGACUAUAUUCUGCUCUACGUCGAGAGCAGAUCUAGGGCAAAGGCGAUCACCCUGUGCUGCCGUUCAGACAAAGAUCAACACUUCUGAUGUAUUACUGAGCCAGCCAGUCAUGAGUCGUGCAUCUGUCAAAAAGACCCAGCAACAGUUCCUGGCCGUCCUCCAGCAACUGGAGGGGAAACUCCGACAAUUACAGGCUAAUAGAGAGAGCCUCGACACCCGCGCAUUUGUGGUAGUGGAAGAAGUGGCCACGCCCACUCAGCCAGGAUCGGGAGGGGGCGGAGCUACUCUUGAUGACAAACAUGGACUCUACCACGGGGAGGUUGGGUCACUGGUUGCCACAGCAACCGACAUCCUCAUCAAGGCUCUCCAGAUAAAACUAGCAUACGUGAACGACAUUCUGGCGAGGUUGUCCCCACUCGUUAGCGACAAUCCCCGUCAGACCACACCCGCCGAACUGUCGUUCUCUCGCUACGAGGAAUGGCUGGAGAGCAAUCAGCAGCUUUUCGAGUUUAACUCACAGCUGUACGAGCUGGAAAGGGUUAAAUUUGAAAUGAAACAGAAGCAGAAAGGGUUAAACAGACAAGAGAUGGGGAAAGUGACGCUGACACAGUUGCCAGUCAGUUGGCACACAGCAGUAUUAGUCAAGCGCAAGAGUUGUUGUCGAGACUCCAACAUCAGUCAUACUCCAGUCGCACCACACACACAUACAUCCACGAACUUCUCAACCCCAGAGGCGAAAAAACAACACUGGAGUCACAGAAAGUACAAGAGUAUGUAGCCGAGUGCUUUCAACAUGCCGAGAGCAGUGACAACAAUCAACCAAUAGGAGUCCACAGAGAUAGGUACCAAGAGUUCAUGGGUGUUCUCUGCAGUUACAUUGUACAGAAGCAGAAGAACUGGCAACGAGAAGACAUCUCUUAUGAACUAGUCUAUAAUGCAGUGGAGCACUGUGUGAUGCCCCAAAUAAAGCCCCUCAUCAUCCGAAGAGUGGCCCAAACAGAGAGAGACGAGCUGGUGUCCAGCAAAUGCCUGGAAUUCUCUGGCGUGACACAGGACCAGUUACGAGUCAGGCCAUGUCUCCGCAGUAACGAGCCCGUCCCUUUCAUUGAGGCCAUCACUCAACUUAGAGCGUCGUAUUUCUCCUCAACACCGACUGACAAGAUGUACAGUGUAGUGGGGGCUGCCAAGGCCCUCUACGACAGGCUGGGCGACAUUGGAGAAAGCUCCAUCGACGGCGACGCUUUCCUUGAUCUCUGGAUUUACGUCAUCAUCAAAGCCAACAUCAAAGACCUCG